GACGGUCGGGCAGCACUGCAAUCCACACAUUCAAAUCUGGCAACGCUUGCCGUAAAAUGGCAAAAAAAUAAUACAUACGAUUUAAAACUAAUGGAAAAUUACGUAUUACGUGAAAAGAACGCAACGCAAAUAAUCAAAAUAAAAAGCAAUAGCAAGUCGUGUGCGUGUGUAGUGUGUGUGCAAAGCUAAACCCUAUCGAACGAAAGGCAAAAAUCCGUGGAAAAAGCGAAUUUAAACGGGUUUACUUGAAGCUUCCUCACCCGAUACCAUUUUCUACCUACACUUGCAAAAAAGCGACAGCGCGCGAGAGGGACGGCGCGAGUGAGCGGUGAGUGGGAGAGCGCAGUGACAGUAAGUGCAAGCGAGAGCGCUGACAAAGCCAGCGCAACAUAGCGAAAAUCGCAACCAAAUCGAAAUCGAAAUUCAACCUAAUCGAAGAUUCUGGCGAACAAAGACGGCUGCCAACUGACAGCAACAACAACUGCUCGGCACAACGUUUUGGUUGUGCUCUCUUUUGUUUUCGUUCCGUGUUUUCACAAGCGGCGAAACGGGCGCUGAGUAAGCGCCAGAAAGAGUGCAAAAAAAAGGCGAAGGAAAGAAAGAAUCCAAGGAGCAACGAACUGUGUUUGCGGUGUGUGCUCUGCGUGCGAAAGGCCCACCAGAAAGACUGAAACAAGGAGCUUCGGCCGAAAAGCGGCGAUCCCAGCAGCUUAACCACAUUCUCGUCAAGAGCCACAGCCACAUCCUAGCCCAUCCUCCAGCGCAGCGUGAAGACGAGGAGCGCGGCGGCGGCGUGAAGGAAGCUAACGCUAAUGAGGAUCUAUUGGCAGCAUGAGUACACUGGGGGGAAGUAGGGGAGAGCGAAAUGCCAAGCCCAAAUUCACAGCGUUGGAUAUAAAUCGCAUGUACAAGAAUAGCCGCGGCGAGUCGAGUGAACCAUCUGCACAAAAGAAUCAAGUGCCACGUAAACAUGGAAUGCAAAUCUUGGGCAAAGUGCCGUCCGCUAGGCGACCACCAGCCAAUUUGCCAUCCCUGAAGGCCGAGACCCACACCAGCAGCAACAACAAUCUCCUAGUCUCAGUCGAAGGAGCCACAUCAGGAGGAUCGGGCGCAGGCGGAGCAGCGGGAUCUGGUGCGGCAGGAACCAACACUAGCCACAACAACACCACUGCCCACAGCGGAAGUUCAGGAGCAGGCGGCGGAGCGGGAUCAGGCGGAGGAGGAGCUGCGUCUUCAUCUGCUGGGGGCCAUCUAUCCCAGCAGCUGACUCACAGCCAGCACCAGCACAACAAUAACGUCGGUCUCGGCCCUAACGCCGGAAAGUUUGUCAACAGCAACAACGGCAACAGCAACAACAACGCCGGCAGCUCGGGCAGCGGCAACAAGAACUUCAAAUUAAUCAACAACUCCGUGGGCAGCUCCGGCGGACAAGGAGGGUCGAGCGGCGGCGGAUCAUCAGGAGUAGGAGGAGGACCAGGAUCAGGAUCGGGCGGACACUCAGUCAACUCGCCCAAGACAUGGUCUGCCAUCACCACAGGACACGAGCGGGGCUCGGGCGGUCAGAACUAUGGGCGCCAGCAACAGCAGGUUGUGCCCCACUACCAGAGUCCGCAGUUCCAGUACGAAUUUCCCACGCUGGACGGCACAGUUGGCAGCGGCGCCGGCGGAGGAUCGGGGGCGGGUGUGGGUUCCGGAUCUGGAGCAGGCAAGAGCCAUUACCAGAAUCAGGCGCACCAUGCCGGCCACCAAAACCAUCACCAGCAUCAGCAGCACCACCAGCAGCAUCAACAGCACCACCACCAGCAGCAACAGCACCAUCGGGACUACCACCAUGGCCACGGGCGCCAGUAUGGACACCACUCACAUCGCGACUACAGAGAUGGCAGCGACGACGUCGGCGGCGGGUCCGCGGAUCUGGGCGAGCUCAGCCUUCGUCCACAGAACGACACGGCCGCCUGGCUGCAGCAGCAGGAGAAGGCGGCCAAGGUGGCAGCAGCUGCGGCAGCGGACCAGGGCCUCAACCUACAGGGCCCGGCCCACCAUCAGAUGGGCGGUAAUGGCGGAGCAGGAGGAGGUUCGGGCGGAGCUGUGCCUCUGCCCAUACUAUCGCUGAUGCCCUCGUUCAUGCGCAGCGGAGCUCCGUUGCCUGCCAGCGGAACGACGGCGGCCAGCAUCUUGGCCGGCGGAUCCUUGGACACUUCUGCCCUGCCCAACGCUCCCUACCAGAACGGAAUUCUGGGUGCUCGUUCUGCCUCGCCAGCGGUGGUGGGAGGUGGAGGCUUCAGGGCGGCCACUGCCAUUCCCAAGCGACCACCGACCUCCUCGUCGCCCCCACAACCUGGACUGGGUAUUGGAGGAUCACCCACUCCCCCACAGCAGCAGGCCAACGGAGGCGGUGGCGGAGCCGGGCGCAAGGAUAAGGACUACGUGGUGGAGCCGGAGGUGGCCCAAAUGCAGCGUCCUAUCAUACGCGAAGAGGACUUGGAGCGCCUCAACGCCAUCGCCAAGGACGAUAGCUGGACCAAGCAGGACGACAUUGACUACACGAAGAAACUUACAUUCUCGGACGACGAGUCCACUCCGGAAGAGCACCAAGGACAGGGCAAGCAGCACAGCUCCGCCCAACUGCAGGCGCAAGGAUCCACCUCUUCAAACGAUCAACGAAAGCUGUCUGCUUCCACUUCCAGUUGGCAACGCGGCAAGGAGAGCACCGAUCGCGACCAGCCAUCGGAAGGCAUUCAGGAUCAGCAGCUCCAACAACAGCAGCAGCAGCAAGAGAUCCGUCAACAAAAUGGCCACCGAGGUAGCUCUGGCAACGUGGGAGCACCAGUGGCCGGCGGAAUCGCCUUGGAUGCCAGCGUGUACGAGAGAGUAAAGCAGCGCAAGGAGGAGGAAGAGCGUCGCGAGAUGGAACGCAAGCAGGCGGCUGCAAGGAAGUUGCAAGAACUGGAAAUGAAGAUGAAUAGCAAAAAGGCAGCAGCGGCAGCACUGGCCGGAGCCGAGGGCGGAAUGUCCUCUGGCUCAGUAUCGUUGAGCAAUGAGGUACCACCGCCGUCCGCUCCGCUAGGCAAUGUAAGCGAAGAUGAGGGUGGAGGCCAAGGCGGCGGCGGAGGCUUGCAUCGCCGACCACGAGGAAGCAUCUCCAGCUUGGGAAGCGGCGUAACUCCCACGGGAGGAGCUGGUGGUGGCGGCGGAGGAGUUUCGUCAUCCUCGUCAGCAGGCGGCGACUACGGUCAAAAGUCCUUCCUUACCCAUUUCCAAUCAAAUUUACCACCCCGCUUCCAGCGCCAGCAGCAGCAACAACAGCAGCAGCUGCCGCGCUUGGAGAAGAGCGCAUCUGCAAGCAGUGCAUUUGAUAGCAAUUCCCGCUACCUGCAGAAGGGUGGCGUAAGCGGAGGCGGUGGUGGCGCCAGUGGAGGAGCACAAACCAAUGCUGGGCAGGGUCGCAGCAUCUCUGGUGGUUAUGCGCAGCGUAAUUCGAGUGUCGGCGGAUACGGGCGAAAUCGUCACGACAGCAGCAGUGCUCGGGAGGACCAGGAGCUGGAACAGCAACAGCAGCGGUUCACACGCGGUCAGGACUAUCGGCAGGCACAAGCUCUGCCACGCAGCAUAUCUGAGAACUCGCAUCGUAAGACCAGCGUCUCAUCGGCUGGCGACGAUGUGCUGGGUGGCUCGUGCACCUCGUGGGCGGAGCAAACUGAUGCCGAGCAGAAGGUGCACCAUCGUCAUCGCGAGGAGAGCUUCUCCUCGACCCACAGUCACGACUCAGCAGUGCAAAUAAAGAUCCUGCAACGCCCGGCCCGACAGCCGAGCCUCAGUGAGGAGUCUUCGAACCAGCAGAAGCAGCUGCCCGCCUCGCCGCAGCAGCAAAAGACGCUGACAGCAGAUCCGAUGCCCACUCAGAUUCUGCGACGCAGCGUGGAGAUCGAGAAGCCCGGUGACGAGCGCGCGGAUGACAAGUCUGCAUUGGAAUCCGAAGACAAGGCAAAGUCGGCGGCUGGCAAGGUGGAUGAUGACAAGAGCGGCAAUAAGCGGCCAAGUCCCAGGAGCGGAGCUGCUUGCGGAGGUCGAGGUGGCCGUGGCUAUACUGGCGGCACUGGCGGAUCAUCUGUCGGAUCGGGCAGUAGCUACCGCGGCCAGCGAAGCGCCAGCGAUUGGGGUAACAGUCGUGGAAGUGGCGGCGGCGGCAGGCGCUACUACGGCAGCGGCGGUGAGCAAUCGGAGCACUCCGAGGAUGUGGACGAGGAGUGUUACAGCAGUGGAGGCGGAGCAGCUCGUCGCAGCCCAAAGGAAUCCGGCAACGGUGCCCCCAAUUCCGGUGCGUCGGCAAACAAGGCGGGUUUCUCGCCACGCGGCGAACCCUCUAGACGUGGUCGUGGUGGCCUCUCCAGCGGAGGAGGUGCCUCUGCUUCUGGUUACCGUCGACAGCCCGUGGGCACCGGCUCUGCUGGAGGAUCGGGCUCGGGCGGAGCCGGCCGCAGCUAUGGCAGACUUGGCUACGAGGAAUACGGCAAGCAACAGCGAACCUCCGAGUCGGAGGCGGACCUAGACAAGACCAAGCAGAACCAGCUGGCACUCAGCGCCGGCCUGCACAAGCCAAGCAAGGAUGACAAGGAUUCGUCUGCGCUUGGGGGCGAGGAGAAGGACAAGACUGCCGCCCUGGCGCCUGCCCACAACACUGCCCUGCUAACAAAGGAUGAGUUACAGAAGGAUGCAGCGGGUCGCCUGCCACUGCCACCCGGCCUUGCGGCACCCGGCACUGCAGUGGGAUCAGUGGGAUCCGUUAGUGCCACAUCCACAUCGGUCGCUGCUCCCGGCGCGGCGGACAAGAAAAAGAUUGAAUCCUGCGCCGUUGUCGGCGGUGAGAAGGUGGCGGGUAGCAAGUUGCCCGCCAUUGGGGAGAAGACUUCGCUCGGCGCCGUUGGCUCGGGUCCAUCCACCAAUCUAUUGCUGGACGCCGGCGCACCCGUCAACACGAUCAUCUUUGAGAACUCCACAUAUAAGCAGCAGGCAGCUGCCGCUGCCGUGGUAACCAAGCCUGGAGCGCUCUCGGUGUCCAGCAGUGGCGCCACCAUGGCCGUUGACAGCCUGUCCAGCGCACUCUCCCAGAUGAGUUUCGGUGGCAAGGCGACGGCGGCGGGCUCUGGCGAUGAUUCGCAGGAUAUGAAACUCGGAUUUAGCUUCGGCGACGAUCCAACCACACCCCUAAAGGUUGUGGACACCAUCGAUAAAACGCCCAGCCAGCAGCAACAACAGCAGCAGCAACAACAACACUCUCAACAGCAGCAACAGCAGCAGCAGCAGCAAAACAAUUCAACGGCGGAUCUCAACAUGAAGAUUGCCAGCGUAAAGAAGGUUUGGGAGUCGGCCACGCCCAUGUCUGACGGCCCAUCACCAGCGCAGGUGCAGCAGCAACAGCAACAGCAGCCCCAACAGCAACAACAGUCCCAGGUGCAGGUGGUGCCGCAGCAGCAGCAACAGCAGGUGGUGGGACCGCAGCAGGCUGGUGACGACGGCAGUGGCCACAUGAGCGCCGCCUCCUUUGUGGCUGCCGUCGCCGCCUCCCAGCAUCAGCAGCAACACCAGCAAAUGCCGCACUACGCGGUGCCGGCGGUGCACAUGCAGAGCCACCACCACCAACAGCAGCAGCAACAGCAGGCAGCGGUGGCGGCAGCGCAGGCGCAGCACCACCAGCAGCAACAAGCACAGGCGCACCAUCAGCACCAUGCACUUUCCUCGCCGGGCCCGGGGCCCGGUAGUCAUGGCCAUGGCUUCGGUCAUGGGUCGCCGUUCGACGCCGGAUCGUUGGAGCAGCAGUUCCAGCAGGAGGAUUACCCCAGUCCCCAGCAGCAACAACAGGCGCACCAGAAGACCAAACAGUUACAGCAGCAGCAGCAGCACCUGGGCAUGUCCCCGCCGCCCAGCCAGCAACAACAGCAGCAGCAGCAGCAUUCGCAACAGCAGCAGCAAGCGCAGCACCAGCAACAACAGCAGCAGGCCCACCAACAGCAGCAGCAGCAGCCUUCUUUCUACCAGGCGUCACCGCAGUUCGGCGUUGGAGGCAUUCCCACUAUCCCCAGUCCGCCGGCCGUGGUGUUCAACUCGUCGCAGAUGCCGCCACCGCCACCGUCGCAGGGGGGUAAUCUGUACGCUCCAUUCCAUUCGCUCGAUCAUUCGAGCCGUUCGCCCGCCUACUCGGCGGCGGCGGCCGCCCACAGCUUCCCGAACCACUAUGCGGCAGCAGCAGCGGCGGCGGCGGCAGCGGCCGCUAGCGGAGGUCCCUUCAAUGUCAACGUGAACGCAUACACGAUGCAGACUCCGCACGGCGGCAGCCUACCGCCCACGGCGCCCACACCGGACAUGUACUCGAACCUCUCCUCCCAGUUCCGAUUGGGCGGUGGUCCGGGUCCCGGACCCGGCCCCUUUGGCCAGCCCAGCUCGCAGCAGUUGAGCAAUCCGAGCAACCAUGCCGCCGUGGCUAUAAUCUCGUCAAGCAGCAACUCCAUGAUGUCGUCAGGUGCGGCCAAACCGCCGCCCAGCCAGCAGACCAUCGGCGCCAUUGGCUCCAAGUCGGCAGGUAGCGGUGGCGGUCCAGGACCAGGACCAGGUCCCUAUGCCACCACCCAGCCGUAUAUGAAUCUUUAUGCGGGUCCACCGCCGCAGCAUCCGGGACAAGGUGGCCCACCGCCGGGUGCCCAUCAGCUGCAGUCGAACAGCUUCUAUUCGAAUUCGGCGCCAGGCGGUCCCAGCGGACCGCAGUUCUACGGUGGACCACCGCCGCAGGGCAAUGGUGGAGCACAGAGCUAUGGACUGGCCACCGCGGCCGGCAUGUAUGGCGGCCAUCAGGGCGGACCGCCCGGUUCCAAUGGGCCGCCGGGACCGCCGCAGUCGCAACACACGAUGGGCACCUUCAACACACAGUUCAUGAGCUCGCAGCUGCUGACGGCGGCCAGCAUUAAUCAAUACCGCGGCGGACCAACGCCCGGAGCGGCUUAUCUCAAGGGCAGCCAGGGCCAGGCACACAUGCAAGACUCGAUGGGUCGCCAGCUGAAGAGUCCGCUGAGCGCCGACAUGAGCCUCGGUCUGGCCAAGCAGGUGCAGUCGCAGCCCAGUCCACCGCAUCACAAGAACUACGGCGCGUGGGAUCUGCAGAACCAGGUGCUUCAGCAGCAGCAGCAGCAAUCUCAGCAGCAACAGCGACAGGGCGGCGGCGGCAAUGGACCGAACAUGAACGCCUUGGGCGGCCGUGGCAGCGGAGCGGUAGGCAGCGGUAGUGGCAACGGCGGAGGAGGAGGCGGUGGCUCCCAGGUGGGCGGCAAUGGCGGCGGCAACGGUGUUGGCAGCGUGGGCCAAAGUGGCGGCGGCGGACAGGGACGCUACCCCACGCCCAUUCAGCGGCCCAACAACUAUCCGCAGCAUCCGCAACAACAACAGCAGCAGCAACAGCAGCAGCAGCAACAGCAAAGGGAACAGGCGGCAGCUGUGGCAGCAGCGGCUCAGCGGGCCCAGAAUAUGCGACAGGUGCCCGGCGCCGGCGGAGGCGUGGCCGGAAGUGCCGGAGGUGGUGGUAGUCAAACACCUGUGGGACCGCCCGGCGGCAAUAACGGUGGCAAUGGUGGCCCCGGUGGUGCUGGAGGAGGCGGUGGAGCAGGCGGUGCGGCAGGAUCAGGACCCGGAAAGCCCUACUAUGCGAAUAACGCCAGCGGAGCGGGCGGUGCGGGCAAUCGGGGUGAGUGGCAUGCGAACUGAGUGCCAGAUGAUCACCACCCACCGCCCAGCCACCCACCAUAACACACCAGGAAUAUUACGAAUCAGAAACACAAUGAUACAAAUGGAUAAGCGGAGGAGAGUAAAGUGCAACCUGGCCAAGAGCAAGAGCUGUAGAAAUGUAUCGCAUCCAAACCGAGAACAUAAACGUAAACAGAGCAAGUCAGGAGUAAAACUAGAUAUGUGGAAUAUAAUCAAGUAACCAAGCGAGACACAGGCAUCCGCAUAAGCCCACAAAUGAUGUAAAAGGGGCGAUGCAAGUAGGAUAGUGAGCUAUUUGGGGAAAUCCCCGUCACAACCGCAAAAUGGCAACUCAGCAAAAUCAGCGAAGGCAACCGUAGCGAGGAAAUUAAUUUAAAUCGCAUAACGAAAGUAAGACGAAAGUUAAGAUUCAACAGGAAACGUGUAAGGAAUACCUAAUUGCAAGAAGAAAUAUUAAAAAAAAGAGAACACAACACCAUACCACACCACACACACAAACACAUGCAUACAUUUACAUAUACAUACAUACAUACAGAAUAGCAGAUUGUAUUUUUUGUCAAACAAAUUUACAUAAUAAUAUAUUACUUUUAUAUACUUAUGAUUUUUUGUAGUAGAGUCUUUCUCAUUUAAACGAAUCAAGAAAAACGAAACCAACUUUUGGCACUGCGUAUGCUUUAAUUUCUUUAUAUAUACAUAUUGUUUAAUUUUUUUGCAACCAACAAAAAAUUAACUAAUAAUUCUAAUUUAUGAUUAUGCUACAAUAUACAUUAUAUAUACCAUCUA